AUGCUGAGGGAGCGGCCCAAGAAAUAGCAAAAAGACAAAAAAUAAAAUAAAUUAAAAUAAAAUAACAGACUGUCGUUAAAAAAAGAAGUAGCAAUGAAAAUAAUUUAAAAACAAAUAAAUAUGAACUCUUAACCUCUUAAAGCCUUCCAUAUUUUACUAUAUUACUUAUCACUUAUUCGCUUAAGAAAUAGUUACCCAACCACAUACACUAAGUUUGUUUUGUAUGUGUAGAUGUGUAUAUACACAUAUACACUACAUAUAUAUGUGUAUAUACACUACAUAUAUAUAUGUUAGAACUUGCAAAAAUGCUUGAGACUUCCAAACCCUUGUAUUAGCUUACUAAAAGUAAAAUACAUCUCAGAAUUUUGAGGAUUCUUAGGAAUGCACUUGAAACUAGGCUUUCGAAAAUUUCUUCACUUGAAACCUCUUUUCUGAGUCCUGUGUCUGGAUCAGAACCCUUCAGAGUUUUAGUACUUCUUACAUUUCAAAACGUCAUAAGCAUAUUUUAAAGGGUGGCGGUAGAUGAGACAGGUCCCUACAUGUUGAUUGUGUGGCGGGAGUUGCCCAGACUCAUACCAAUGGAGACAUGGAAUCUAAAGCCCUAAAAUGGUCAUUGCUCCCCCCAGGCAAAUUUGAAAUAAAAUUUCAUUUAAAAUUUUUGAAAGUGACUUUUGUAAAAUAUAGAACACAUUUUAUUACAGUUCCAAUGAGCUGUUAUGAUUGUACAGCCAUGUGAAGUGUGCUGUGUUUCUCAUGGUGAGAGUUUGCGAGUGUUGGUUUCAAGAACAGAAGUUACAGGUACACAAAUUCUAAACAGGCUAAUCAAUUCAAUUAAAAAUAAUUCCAUCUGGAGUAUAUGAUUCCCGUAUCCCUUGUUAUAGCAUUUAAUAAAACUUAACCACUGAUUUGUUAUCAGAUGAGAGUGGAAAACACAAUGAACUAUUUGUUAGUAACUAAAUGGACAUUUCCCAGGGAUUGCGCUGUGUUCCCUUCUAUUUUGCAUAUAUAAUGGUUAGGAGUUACUUCCUAUUUUCUGUAGUAUUUGGAUAUACAGUCAUUUGAGAAACAACUAUUUUGUUGACACUUUGUAAAUUUAAAAAGUAUGCGGAAAGUUUCCCUAAUAGAAAAGAAAACCCUUACUCUUGCUCAAAGCAUUCACUAAUUAUUAAAAAAAAAGAAAUUAACAGAUGGAGUAAGUUAAUUAGAACAGAUGUCACUAUAUUCAGUAAAUUUAUAUAAAUAAACUGACUGUGAACUUAAUUAAUUUCUCCAAUUCCGAAGUUGUUAUCCAGUAUGACAUAUGUACGUAGGCAAUUCUCUUGGAAUACCCUUUGUGACUUUAUACUGAAGAAUAAAUAUUUCCCUAAUACAUUUUAAGAAUGAAUUUAUGUACGGUAUUGGGUAUGACAUAAACCAGUUAAUUCUGAGUUAUAAAGUAGGGGGUAUAGUAAAUAGUCUCCUAUGGCUACGUCAUUGGGACAGGUUUUUUUGAAUGACUACUUCUUGAGUCGGAAGAUUAAAAAGAAAUUAUUUUGGUAAAGUCAUUGUCGAUAUUAUCCAAAGGAGAAGAUGUCUGGGGAUUGGGUAAAAAAUUACACAACUUUAAAAAAUAAUUUUCAAAAGUAUCGAUGUACUCUAAUAUAUGUGAUAUGGAACAGCAUUGAUCGUGUAGAAAUAUUGGGGGCGAACAUAGGAAUCAAUGAAAAAAAGUUUUAAAAUUGUUUCAGAUAUCCUAGGUAAUGAACGAAAUGAUUCGUGUAAUUAGUAGAUGACAAACUCUUUGAGAGCGAGACCUAAGUCUCAUUCAUUGUUAUACGGCCACUAACAAGGACAGUACUUAGCACAACGCAAACGUUCAGGUAUGUUUGUAGAAUGGUAGAAUAAAUGGAUCAAUAAUGCAAAUCUGUAAACAAGCCCAACAUAUUUCUUAUAAUUUGGAGACAACAGAAAAAUACCUUAAAUGAGUUUUGAUAAUUUAAGGUAUUAAUUUGUUAACAUAAAAACAUGGCUUGUUCAGUUAGGCUCACAGUUUCUAGUUAUGAUAGCUGGUUAAAGGGAUGCAGCAGGGGCUGCAGUUUCCCAGUGCGGACUCUGGGCGCCGCUGUUGGCCAAAGUGGAGAGCGAGGCGCUGGCCACCUCCUCGCGCAGCCGCAGCGCACCCUCCCCAGCUCAGACUCGCUCGCUGGAGCCUUCCUACCGCCAACUCCUCUGGCAAAGCAGCAGCCCGGGCGGACCCGCACGCCGGAAAUACAGCUCUUCCGAGGCCCGGACAGCUACCACCCAGAGACGGUGUUUGUAAUCCGGCGACUCCAAGCCGGUGAGCAAAGCCGAGGGAGCAAGAGGGAUGGGGAGCGGCGCGGGGAAGCGGGGCUGGGCUCCGAGGCGGCCAGGGCUCUUUGCCUGCCUGCUGUCUUUGUUCUGCCUGGCGCUGUCUGAGCAGAUCCGCUACAGGAUUCCCGAGGAGAUGGCCCAGGGCUCGGUGGUGGGGAACCUCGAGGACCUGAGACUCAGUGUCCACGAGUUAGCGACUCGAAACCUGCGCGUCAGUUCGGAGAAGCCUUACUUCGCAGUGAGCGCAGAGAGCGGGGAGUUACUUGUGAGCAGCCGGCUGGACCGGGAGCAGAUAUGCGGGAAGAAGCCAGCCUGUGCUCUGGAGUUUGAGGCAGUUGCUGAAAAUCCACUGAACUUUUAUCACGUGAAUGUGGAGAUCGAGGACGUUAAUGACCACACGCCAAAAUUUACGCAAAGUUCCUUUGAGCUGCAAAUAAGUGAAUCUACACCGCCAGGUGCGCGCUUUAUAUUAGAAGUCGCGGAAGAUGCAGAUAUUGGCUUAAACUCUUUGCAGGCUUAUAAACUUUCUCUUAGCCCUAGUUUCUCAUUGAUAAAUAAAGAGAAACAAGAUGGUAGUAAAUACCCGGAACUGGUGUUGGAGCAACCCUUAGACCGGGAAAAACAGAGUUAUCAUCGUUUAGUUCUGACUGCCUCAGACGGUGGCGAUCCACCCCUAAGCGGCACAACUGAACUCCGCAUCCAGGUCACUGAUGCCAACGAUAACCCCCCAGUAUUCAGCCAGGACGUAUACCGAGUCAGCCUUGGAGAAAACGUGCCCCCAGGCACCACUGUGCUGCAGGUGUCAGCCACCGACCAGGAUGAGGGCGCUAAUUCGGAAAUCACUUAUUCCUUCUACAAGACCGGGAAAGUCUUCAGUCUGAAUUCAAAAAGCGGGGAAAUUACAACGCUAAACACACUGGAUUUCGAGGCAGUCAAGGAAUAUUCUAUGGUGGUAGAAGGGAGGGAUGGCGGAGGACUGGUUGCCCAAUGUACAGUUGAAAUUAGCGUUCAGGACGAAAAUGACAACAGGCCAGAUAUUACAUUCCAUUCUCUAGUCAAAAUGAUUCUGGAAAAUGCAGAGCCUGGAAUGCUAAUUGCUUUGAUCAAAAUACACGACCGAGAUUCCGGAGAAAAUGGGGAGGUUAAUUGUCGAUUAGAAGGUGAAGUCCCUUUUCAGAUAAUCUCUUCGUCCAAAAAUUCAUAUAAGUUGGUAACAUAUGGGGCCCUAGACCGAGAGCAGACUCCGGAAUACAAUGUCACCAUCACAGCCACCGACAGGGGCAAGCCGCCCCUCUCCACCAGCACUACCAUCACUCUGCACAUCGCAGACGUCAACGACAACGCUCCGGUUUUCCAGCAGGCCUCCUACGAGGUCCACGUGGCGGAGAACAACCCGCCCGGCGCCUCCAUCGCGCAAGUGAGCGCUCGCGAUCCCGACCUGGGGCCCAACGGCCACGUCUCCUACUCCCUCGUGGCCGGCGACCUGGAGCCGCGCGCGCUGGCGUCCUACGUGUCCGUGAGCGCGCAGAGCGGCGUGGUGUUCGCGCAGCGCGCCUUCGACCACGAGCAGCUGCGCGCCUUGGAGCUGACGCUGCAGGCCCGCGACCACGGCUCGCCCGCGCUCCGCGCCAACGUGAGCCUGCGCGUGCUGGUGGGCGACCGCAACGACAACGCGCCCAGGGUGCUGUACCCGGCGCUGGGGCCCGACGGCUCGGCGCUCUUCGACACGGUGCCGCGCGCCGCGCAGCCCGGCUACCUGGUGACCAAGGUGGUGGCGGUGGACGCGGACGCGGGGCACAACGCGUGGCUGUCGUACCACGUGCUGCAGGCCAGCGAGCCGGGCCUCUUCAGCCUGGGGCUGCGCACGGGCGAGGUGCGCACGGCGCGGGCCUUGGGCGAGCGGGACGCGGCCCGCCAGCGCCUGCUGGUCGCGGUGCGCGACGGGGGCCAGCCGCCCCUGUCGGCCACCGCCACGCUGCUCCUGGUGUUCGCGGACAGCCUGCAGGAGGCGCUGCCGGACCUGGGGGACGCUCCUGCCCCUUCGGACGCCCAGGCUGAGCUGCAGUUGUACCUGGUGGUGGCCUUGGCGCUGAUCUCGGUGCUCUUCCUGGUGGCGGUGAUCCUGGCGGUGGCCCUACACGUGCGACGCUCCUCCAGGCCCGCGGCCUGGGGCUGCUUUCAGCCUGGCCUCUGUGUCAAGGCGGGGCCCGUGGGUCCCCCCAACUACAGUGAAGGAACGUUGCCUUAUUCCUACAACCUGUGCGUUGCCCACACUGGAAAGACAGAGUUUAAUUUUCUGACAUGUAGUGAGCCGUUGAGUUCAGGACAAGACAUACUUUGUGCUGAGUCACCUGGGGCCUUAUUUCCACUUUGUAAUUCCAGUGAGUCGACGUCCCAUCCAGAAACUCUAACUACGGAAUGUGUGACACAAUUAGAAAAAUCCAAAAUCAUAGUUGCAAGAGAGCAGUGUUUUCUCUGUCAUCUGUAGCAAAGCAUUGCUCGUCUUAGUGGGUGUAGUAACGGCUUCGGACUCUGGGCGCCGCUGUUGACCUGCUCUAAGCAAAGCGCAGGCAGCCCUCGGUCCGGAUACCAGGCUCAGCAACACAAAGCCGCUCGGAUCCCACAAACCCACUCCGGGGCUGCAGCGUAACUCGGCCUCCGAACUUGGAGCACUACGGGUUUCUCCUAAGGAAAAAGACCACCAGAAUUUGCAGAGGAGAAAAGAGCGUAUGGAGUCAGCGUUCACAGCAAUUCUUCUGAAUCCAAUCUUUGGUGAAGCAGCAAUGGCCGCUCCAGUGAAUCGCCUGCCCCACCGAGGACUGGUCCUGCUGUGCCUCUUCCUGGGGAGGCUGUGGGAGAGCGGGGCUCGCCAGAUCCGC